AUUUUUGGUUUUUUAGACAUUUUGUUCGCUUUUCGUGAGGAAUUUAUCCGAUUCACAUGAUCUGAUUUUAUAGAGACCCACAAAUUAUUUUCUUAAACACAGUAAAAAACGUUGUACUUUGUCUAAAUUGAUAUGAAAAUAUUAUUUAUUAUAAUUAAAAUUAACUUGCAUUAACUAUCUUUAAAAGUUAACAAGAAAAAUAUCUUUCUAGCUUAUGAAAGUAACUAAAAAUAAUAUUUUAAAUUUAUAAAAAAAGGAUUGUGAUGCACUUAUCUCUAAGAAAGACCUUAAGGCUUAAGAAACAACUCAAGUACAUUUUUUUCCAGUGUAAAUAUGCUGCACAUUGUUGGCUAUAAAAGUCGUUCGCACCGUCGGCGCUGGCUAGUCGCUGGAACAGAGGCGCGCGGAGUGCGAGUGCGGGUCCAUCGUUUCUGAUUUAUAUAUCUACAUAUAUAUAAAUACAUAUAUAUAUAUAUGUCCCAUUCCGAAUCUGAGUCUGAGUCCGGGUCCGUAACUCCUCAAUCCCCCGUGUGUGGUGUUCGCGCGUGUGUGUGGGUGGUUGAUUUUCGUGAUCAUUUUCGCUGGAUGCCUCGGCGAGGGGCUGUCACCGUUUAGUUGUGCGCUGGACGAGCAGCGAGUAACAUCCGGUCCACGAGUCCACCAUCCCAUCCCAUGGAUAGCUGAUCGAUAGCUACCGAUCCGUGUGUACCUGGGCAGUGUGCGUGCUCCGAUCGCUUUAUCUUUUUUGUUUGGUGUUUUUGGUGUUUUGCUGGUGAACAAGUUGACCAAGAUAGAGUUUAACAUAUUCAAUUGAGAGAGGAGUUAGAAAUCCCAAAAGGUUCCCCCUUGAACGACAUGGAAGUGCUGAAGAAGGACGCCGCCCUGGGCUCGCCCAGCAGCGUCUUCUACUUCCUGCUGUUGCCCACACUGAUCUUGUGGUACAUCUAUUGGCGGUUAUCCCGAGCUCAUCUCUACAGGCUGGCCGGACGUCUGCCGGGACCCAGGGGCCUGCCCAUCGUGGGACAUCUGUUCGAUGUGAUUGGACCAGCUUCAUCUGUUUUCAAAACAGUCAUCCGUAAGAGCGCCCCCUUCGAGCAUAUAGCCAAGAUGUGGAUUGGGCCCAAGCUGGUGGUCUUCAUCUAUGAUCCCCGGGACGUGGAGCUGCUGCUGAGCAGCCAUGUCUACAUUGACAAGGCCUCCGAGUACAAAUUCUUUAAGCCCUGGCUGGGCGAUGGUCUGCUGAUCAGCACAGGUCAAAAAUGGCGUUCGCACCGCAAACUGAUAGCACCCACAUUCCAUUUGAAUGUCUUGAAGAGCUUCAUCGAGCUCUUCAACGAGAACUCGCGGAAUGUGGUGAGGAAACUGCGUGCGGAGGAUGGUCGCACGUUUGAUUGCCAUGAUUACAUGAGCGAGGCAACCGUGGAGAUUCUAUUGGAGACUGCUAUGGGCGUGUCCAAGAAAACGCAGGACAAGUCCGGUUUCGAGUACGCCAUGGCCGUGAUGCGGAUGUGCGACAUCUUGCACGCCCGCCAUCGCAGCUUCUUCCUGCGCAACGAGUUCGUCUUCACGCUGACCCGUUACUAUAAGGAGCAGGGUCGUCUGCUGAAUAUCAUCCACGGAUUGACCACCAAAGUGAUUAAGAGCAAAAAGGCAGCCUUUGAGCAGGGCACACGUGGAUCGUUGGCUCAGUGUGAACUGAAGGCGGCUGCCUUGGAAAGGGAACGUGAACAGGAUCCGGCUGUGACCUCAACGGCUGCGAAUGAAGAGAAGACAACUCCAGUGGCGGGACUCUCCUAUGGCCAGUCCGCUGGACUCAAGGAUGAUCUGGAUGUGGAGGACAAUGAUAUUGGCGAGAAGAAACGGCUGGCUUUCCUUGAUCUGAUGCUGGAAAGUGCACAGAAUGGAGCUCUUAUUACUGAUACGGAAAUCAAGGAACAGGUGGACACCAUCAUGUUCGAGGGUCACGACACCACGGCUGCUGGCUCCUCGUUUUUCCUCUCGCUAAUGGGCAUCCACCAGGACAUUCAGGACCGCGUACUCGCCGAGCUCGACUCCAUUUUCGGUGACUCACAGCGACCGGCCACGUUUCAGGACACACUGGAGAUGAAGUAUCUGGAACGUUGCCUGAUGGAGACCCUGCGCAUGUACCCUCCCGUCCCGCUAAUCGCACGCGAACUGCAGGAGGACCUCAAGCUGAAUUCCGGCAACUAUGUUAUUCCCAGGGGCGCCACGGUGACUGUGGCCACCGUCCUUCUGCACCGCAAUCCCAAGGUCUACGCCAAUCCGAACGUCUUUGAUCCAGACAACUUCCUGCCGGAAAGGCAGGCCAAUCGCCAUUACUACGCCUUUGUCCCAUUUUCCGCGGGGCCACGCAGCUGUGUGGGGCGCAAGUACGCGAUGCUCAAGCUAAAGAUCCUACUGUCGACCAUAUUGCGGAACUACCGUGUCUACUCGGACCUGACCGAAUCGGACUUCAAGCUGCAGGCAGACAUUAUCCUGAAACGGGAGGAAGGCUUCCGUGUGCGCCUGCAGCCGCGGACCAGGUGAACCACUCGGACGGACGGACAGAGGUGUCAUCGGAUUGGCGGACAGCACACCGUACACAAAUAAGCUACACAGAACGGACACUUAUCCAUACAUAUAUCUCUACUUGUUGGCAAGUGAUAGUCACCGGUUUAUACAGUAAUAUUGAUAAUAUUAAAUAAUAAACGUGCUCCAACACUCGA